AUGAUGAGCACCGGCUGCGACGCAAUGCCCACGCCGUCCGGCUCGCCCUGCGAAGUCCUCCGCCAGGUGGAACGACUGGGUGGUGCCCAAACAAUGAUAGACCGGGUCGAUCUCGCAACCGGUUCUACAACACCAUUCUACGUCCUUCACAGCAACAAGGAAAACAAAACCGUUGCCGUGUUACAUGCAGAUCCCCGCGCGCAAGCAUCGGAGCUCACAGCUGCAGAGCUCGGGUCAUGGCCCCACAUCCGUACCCGCUGCACCUGCCCACGGGCCACCCGGCGCAGUUACCCAAACAGUACUGCCCGGAUAGCAAAACUCAUAGCGAAAUACCACUCCCUGUCCUCAAAAAUCGACGUCAUUCUCCGCGGCGUGCCGAUCAAGAUGAAGACCAACACUAUGGGUAACACGCACAGGUUCGACCACCAUGGUAUAAGCUACAGUUGGGGUGUCUCCAAUUUGAGCAUGUCAAUGAACACGAUGUGUCUGAAGGAUGCCGGGGGCAACCUGCUGGCGACAUGGAAAAGGUACCCUGAAGGCAGGUUAAGCGGCAUGAUUGGACAGUCAGCCCCGACAUUUGAGGUUUACGUCCCGCCACAGAGCAUCGAUAUGGACAUGGUGAUUGUCACAGGGUCUGCAGCGGUCGAGUACUGGCUGAAGUAUAAGAAAGACUCCUACGCAGCGGUAGGAGAGGCCUUCGGUGCAGUUUGA